UACAGAUUCUGCUGGAAAAUAAAGCAUCAUAGUUGCUUGCUCAGUGUGAAGAAGACAUCACAACAAAUCAUCCACGAUGAAAUUCGCCCUGACUCUCGUCGCCCUCUUGGCUGCCGUCUGCUCUGCCUUCCCAUCGGACUCCUACGGGCCAGCCAACUCUUACGACCGGGACAACACCAUCAAGAUCCACCACGUCUACUACAAGAACGAUGGCUACGGCAGUGAUGGCUACGGCAAGGGAACCUUAGUCGACGGAGGUUACUCCACAGCCAACUUCGUCUUGGGGACUAAGGGAGGACACAGCUUCGGUGGCCUCGGAAACGCCGGUGUCCACGGAGGUCACGGCAGUGGUGGCUACGGAAACGCUGGCCAUGGCGGAUACGGCCACUAAGUUAAUGGCCACUGUGGCUUUGAACUAAUGGGGCCACUGUAGUCCAUUGCGGACACAUCUGCUGAGAUAAUGGACCCGUUGAGUUAUGGGUUCUCAGUGUCAGUAAUAUCUACUAUUUAAAUAAAGAGCUAUAUAAAAAUCA